AAUAAGAAAAAUAGUAGAAGAAAAUAGAGAAAAAAAAAUUUGUACAUAACAAAAAUUAUUUAAUAAAAAAUAUUAUUAAAAAUUAAAAUAAGAAAAAAAUAAAAAAAUAAUAUUUUAUAAGUUUUUACUAACAAAGUUGCUUUCCUGCGAAUAGUAGAAGAAAAUAUGGUAUAACAGAAAAGAAAACUAAAUAAAAUUGUUAAAAAUUGUUAUUAAAAAAAUUUCAACUCUAAAAUAUUCAAAAAUACAAAAAAAAAAGAUUAUUGUAAUAAACGCGAAACAAAGAAAUAAAUAACAAAAUAAUAUAAAAAAUUUUUACGAGAGAGAAACCCUCUCUUGCCCUCUCUUACCGUCUUGCUGUUUUUUUUUUUGGUUUUAAGUUUGUUCUUGUUUUUUAUGUAUUUUAUUACUCUAAUUCUACUAUUUAUUAUUAAUAUUAUUGUGAAUACUAUAUAUAUGUACAUAUAAACGAAAUUUUCAACUAUACUAUUGUGAAUAAAAAUAUUUCUGAAUUUAAAACAAAUGAAAAAAAAAAGGAAUUGAAAAAAAUAUUUUUUGCUGCUAUUUUUUUUUUUUAAAUAUUUACGAUUUUGAAUAAGUAAUUAAUAAUUAAAAAUUUUAAAAUUAAUAAAAUAAAUAAACAAUAAAAAAUAAAAUAAAAAUAAAAUUCAAAAUAAUUAAAAAAUUUUCAAAUUAAUUCACAAUAAAAAGUUAAAAAUAUUGAAAAUAUUUUAAGAGAAGAAAGCAAAACAAAAUUAAUUUUAAAUAUUAAUAAUUAAUUAAAGAAAAAAGAGAAAGGAGUAAAACAAUUUUUUAUAUAAAAUUCAAAUCACAAAGUCGUAAAAAAUUCUCACCAAAUUAAGCAACAAAAUUAUCAAAAUCACAAAACAAAAACCAAAAAAAAAAUAAAAAAAAAACAGUGAAGAAAAAAUUCUAAAAUAAAGGAACGUGUACAAUAAAAAUAAAAUAAUAAAAUCAAAAUCAGAAAAAAAAAAAGUGAAAUUCUAGAAAAAAAAGAAAAGAAAAAAAAAGGUAUCAUUUUUUAAUACACAAAUGCCAACAAGAACAAUACAUGUGUGUGAGAGUGAAAUGAAAUAAAAAAAAAAAAGAGAAAAGUAAAAUAAUAAAAAAAAAAAUAAUAAUCAAAAUAUAAGAGAAACGGGGCAGAAAAGAAAAAAAUUAUUUUCUUUGUCAAUACACGCUAUGUUCGAAACUAAUCAGCCACCUGAAAACGAACUUCAGAAAUCCCAUGAUAGUACAGCUGCAUUAAGUGAACAUCAAUUAAGGGUUCAAGCAUCACUACAACGUCUUAAUAUACCAGAUUGGUAUCGUGCAUAUAGUUCAACAUCAAAAACUGGAACUGAAACUGGUAAUCAACAAACAAGUGGUUAUAAACCAGGUAGUUUUACAAGAAAACGUGCUUCCGAUUCUGGACGAUGGGUUGGUUUAAAUUCAAAAACAACUUCACUUAGUUCAUUAGGUUCACAAAGAUCAGAUCGUAGUCCAUUAUUAUUAAGUCCAUCAGCACAUAGUCAUCAUGGUACAACAACUGGUGGAUGUACAACAGUUGGUGGACAAAUACCAGUUAGUGGUGGUUUUUCAAGAUGGUCAACAUCAUAUUUAAAUUCAUCACAAACUUCACCUAGUGUAUCACAACGUGGUUCAUUUAGUCGUGGUGGACCAAUUAAUUCUAGUUUCAGUUCAGUUGGUUGUGGUGUUGUUGGUGGUGGUGGUGUUGGAACUGGUGGCGGAGGUAGUGGUGCAUCAUCAAUAAUACGUAGUUCAUUUAGACAACCAUAUAUGGGAUGGAGAAGUCAAGAGAAAAUUAAUCAACCAAGAACACCACAUGAAAGACUUGCUUCAUCAUUAUUAUCAUCAAAACCACCGAAAAACGAUCAAGUAGAUGUAACACCUGAAAUACAAUCAUCAAUAAAAGAAGUUACAUCAGCUAUUGUACAUCAUUUUAAUGAUCAAAAUAGGCAACCAAAUGUACAAGCAACAAGAAGUCGAUCAACUAGCCCUAAUUCUAGAAAAUGUUGGCUUGAAAGUUCAUUUGUUGGUGUACGGCCAUUAGAAUCUCCACAAACUCCAACAAUAGAAACAAAUACAUUUACUCCAGCAACAACUGGUGGUGGACCAUCAACAUCAUCAGCAACAAUUAUUAAUCAACAACAGCAGCAGCAACAACAACAACAACAACAAUUUCAACAACAAUUUAUACAAAAUAAUCAACAACAACAACAACAACCUGUAUAUGAUCCAGUUUCUACAUUUAGAACACAUACAAAUACACCACAACGUUAUCAACAACAACAGCAACAACAACAGUAUCAAUAUCAAUAUCAACAACAACAACAACCGCAACAAUCGGAUAUUAUUCGAAUUAAUGGAGUUGUGCCAACACCCUUAGCAGCAUUAUCGACAGCCCUAGAACGUUCACCUAGUUCAGCAUCAUUAGAAGAUGUAUUAGCAUCAUUGUUGGGAUUACCACCAUCCGAUUCUUCCAACACAUAUAGGUCCACAGGCGAUACAGCUAAUGAGUUGGUCAUGUUUCGUGUAACAAAUAAUACUCAAACUCAACAACAGCAUACAUACCAAAAACAACAACCGGCACCAACGAAUAAUUUACAAGUUGAGCAACAAGGUCGUUUUCGUAGACGAAGUGAAGGUGACGCACAAAAACAAAAACAAAAUCAACAACAACAAAAUCAAAAAUUUAAUGUUGAUGUUAAUAAUCAAGUUGAUAAUCAACAAUUACAACAACAACAGCAACAUCAACAACAACAGCAACAGUUACAACAACAACAACCACCACGUCGUGUUUCUUUAGAUUCAAGUGAAUCAAAAGGAACUUCAGAUUUAUUAAUAAAAUGUCGUAAUACAAAAUGUGAUAAUUCGGCUACACCGGCUGAUGCAAAAAAAUUUUAUAAAAGCUGUCAUAAUUGUUCACAUUUGUAUUGUUCAAGAGAAUGCCGUCGAGCCCAUUGGGAGAAACAUCGUAAAGCAUGUUUACAUUCAAGAGUCUCAAAUCUUUGUCGACAAGUUUUAUCAGCUUGUAAAGAUGACUUAGACUCUUUACGUCAUUUAAGUUUAUUAGCAAGAAAAGGUUAUUUAGCUCAAGGACGUGGUGUUGUACGUAUACUAUUUCGUAGUCCAGAGAGUGCUGAAGGUUUUAUUAAAAAUGGUUUUCAAUGUAUGGGUGAAGCAUCAUAUGUUAGAUGGCCUGAUUUAAUGCCAGCUGAAAUGGGUUUAGAAUUAUAUUCAGAAUUAUUACGUUUAAGUACUGAAUAUAAACCAGAUACAAAAAUGUUAAUAUAUGUUGCAAUAUGUGUUGUUUCAGAAGCACCUGGUACAGCAACAGCACCAGUUAAAUGGGAACGUCAAUUAGUAUCCCGUUGUGCCAAAUUAAAAUUAUGUAAAACAAUAUUAUCUGAAUUGGCAUUAGAACAAAAUUCUCAACAAUUACAACCAACUGAACCAUCAAUUGAAAUAUUAAUAUUAACAUUUGAUUGUCAAAAGAAAACAACACAACAACAAAAAGAAAUAAUAUUACAAAAUAUUGUAAAUGUAUUAAAUCGUAAAGGUGUUAUAUUAAAAAAACAUUAUCCAGAAAUAUAUCAACGUUUACAAAAUUAUACAGAAGGUCAAACAGAACGUUUUUUACCAGUAACAUUACAUCCAAGAGAUUCAACAACUGGACAAGGUUUUGUAUGUAUUAUAAUGCCAACAUAUAGUGAAACUGAUAUACAAUUACCAACAUCAGAUAUUGGUAAUCGUGUUACAACAAUUGAUAUUGGUGAAGAACUAUUAGAGAGCUGAUUUUAUGCUUCAACUAAAUGUUAAAAAAAAUAUUGAAAAAUAAAAUAAAUAAAUGAAAUGAAAAACUAAAGAAAUUAAUUUUUAAAAUUAAAUUAAAAUUAAUUUUUUUUUUUUUAAUUGUUAUACAUAAAUUUAAAUUAUAUUUAUUAUUAUUAUUAUAUAAAACAUAUAUACAUAAAUAUCUUUAAAUGUAUUAAGAAUGAGAUAGAUUUAGUUGAAUGAAUAAUAAAAUGAAAAUUAUAAAAUUGAUAAAUUUUAGGCUCUAAAAUGAAAUAUUAAAACUGAAAAAGUUCUUUAAGAAAAUUCCAAUAUUUUAAAUUGAAAAAUCUGAAUUAAGGCCA